UCCCUCCGCUCCUAUAGAGCGUAGUUAUCAGCAACGGCCGGUAUUGGUGAACCGGCCUGUGAAUCGGCUGAAGUACCGCCGCGUCCUGAGUGGGGUCCGCGAGCUUAGUCUGCAGCGCUGUGAUGCGUUCCGCAGUAGCGAACAGCCGGAGAGCGGACUGGCUGGGGAGCUCGCGGGUGCCGCGCUGCAGCUAGGGUCCGGCGCUGCGAUUCGGGUUCGGCUCUGUGGUGUGAUCCAAAACCCCGGCGCGGGCCCGACUCCUCCCCAGUGCCCCCAGCGUUGUUUGCGGGCUCCCGUGCGGGGGAGCCCUUAGCCGCGCCCCGCUGAGCUCAGCUCCUGGGCUGGCGCUGGGGAUAAGGCAGAAAGGAGCGGCGAGGUUUUGACUGAAGCAUUUACUUCUGUUGAAGAAAAGAGGGAAUUGGGCUUAAAUUUUCUAUAAGAAAUGAAAGUGUUGCUUUUCAACCAUGUCCGCCCAUAAUAUUGGAGUGAGCAGACAUUCAGUUCUCCCUCCCAUUGUUCCUGAGAGUGAUAAGAAAUUUUUAGACAGUAUACAAGGAUACAUCAUUACAGAAAUUGAAAAAGUGGGUUGUACAGAACAAGGACCAGCUGAGGACUAUUACAUUAUAUACUGUAAUGUUUUUGACAAGAUAAUAGAGCAUGUUACUGUGUACAAGAACAUCCUGACUUCAAUCAAACAGGAGUAUGAUGCAUUUAUUGAAGCAAUAAAAAAGGGCCAAAGGAAUGCAUUUUAUCUUCAUGGAAAAUUGAAAGUUCUGGCAUCUGAGCCUACAACUCUAAUAUAUUAUAGAAAAAGAACAAUCCAACUUGAAGACAAAAUAAAAGUUAUCGAGAGAAAUUCUGCUAGAAUUCAAAAUCUGAUAUUGAAAAUAAGAAAUAUUAAGAAAGUGCCCUCUACAGAAGUUUUGACUCCAAGAAAAAAGAUAAACCCUGCUAAGCCUAUACCAGGUCUGACUGUAAAAGAAUCUCUCAGCUUAGAUGCUCUUUCUAGACACCUUGCUCAGCUAGAAGGGAGAGUGCAGGAACUGAAAGCAGACAUGAUAUCAAAAUACAUUCCUCUGGAGAACAAGGCUGGCCUAGAGCAGGAACUCAAGCACUCACUGGAACUACGAGAUAAGGCAGAGGCAGUAAAUGAGAAACUGAGACUUAGUUAUAAUAGAAUUACAUUGGUUGCAAAUGCUGUGUCUGCCUGGGCAAAAUCCGACAAGAGCACCUCCUUGCAAGAAUUACUCUCUCAAGUCAUGGAAAAGAAGGAAGUUGUAAAAGCUGCUGCUGCCUUUAGCAUCUCUCAUAUAUUUGAACAUGACCCCAGCAAGAGUAAAGAGGCUGAAGAUUUGCUUGAAUAUAUUGAAAGAUUCAAUGAAUUAUUUUCAUAUGGUCAGUAUGAGGCUGCAGCAGUUUAUGCUGCAAACUGUCCUAGAGGAAUUCUCCGCAAUGAAGAAACCAUGAUGAAAUUUAAAGCUCUUGGUGCUGUUAAAGGGAGGAUUCUACCUUUGCUGAGAUAUUUUGAGGCCCUCAUAAGCUCAAGUGCUGCAGUUAAACAUCCUCUGUGUGCAGCCAUGACUCUGGAAGCAAUCAAAUGUGCAUUGUUUGAAAAACAGUUAAAUCUAGUUAUGCACUGGGUCACACAGCAAAGGCUGACGUUUUGUGAGGCAGUAGGGGAUGUGAUUUAUGACUAUGGGGAGGUGGAACCAUUCAACAAGUCCAAGUGCUUGGCUUUGGCUCAGAUUGCCUACAGUCAGUGUGGUGUGCACAAGAAAGCUGCUCUGUGCUUGUGUAAACAGGGUCAAAUUUGUGGAGCAAUGGAUUAUAUACAGCAAUUCAAACAGCUCACUUUAGAUGAUUACUUAUUCCUACUGAAAAACUGUCCUAGUAUUGAGCUAAUUCAUUGUCUAACUCAAGAGUGGAAUGAGAAACCAGCAUUAUUAUCCAUUGGGGCUACGAUCCUCUCACUCAUUGAUACUGAUCACAAAGAGCAUGGUUUACAACUGUUAGAGGAAAUAAACAUGGGUGAGAAGAAUGCACUGGAACAAGUUAUUUUAAAUGAUACGGUCUGUACCUUGGAAGGUUGGAAGAAGAUCGCAGAUACAUGUGCAGAAAAUAAGCAUGAAAAAUUGUCUCAAGAAAUUCUCUCGAUCCUUACCUCACAGGAAGGAGUGGUUCAGAUUUCUCCAUUUGAUGAUGAUGAUGAUGUAAAGAUAAUGGAACACGUUUUCUUGUAAUUCUUCUGUAAAGCAAUUGGUGGAGCUCUAACAACAUUCAACCUAAGCAUCGUUUUAGUUGCUUCUAUGAAUUAUAGUAAACAUUUAUCACUCAGAAA